CAAAGAAAGAUUCGUCAUAAAAUGCCUGGACUAGUGGCGUUAAAGGGGAGAACAGCUCCUGACGACGUGCAGUGAUAAUAAGUCCUUCCCGGAAAGCACACAUCUUACUAGGGAGACUACUGUUUAUCUCGUGCGAUUGACUGAGAGAAUCAAGUUAGAUCGCGUGUCAUCACAGAGUAUCGAGUGAAUGUUAAUUUCAUGCAACCAAUAGCCUAUUCUUCAAUCUACUUCGUAACAGGCUCCAGAAGCCAGGCGAGAGACUUUGCAGAGAAAAGAGAACAUCGGGCAAACGAAACGACCACUUUAAAACCUUUAAAGUAGUGCUUGAUCCUUAUCAUAAGAGAUUUGUAAUCAUGGAUCAGACGAGAAAGUUCGCAGAGAUUCCGCAGAUCUCACCAGAUACACUGGCAGUCUUGGACUCUCUAGGCUUCGAGCGAGCGACCCCAGUCCAGGAAGCCACCAUCCCGUUGUUUUGUGGCAACAAGGAUGUCUCGGUGGAUGCCUGCACGGGGUCUGGCAAGACCCUGGCAUUCCUGAUCCCCCUCAUCGAGAAGCUCAGGCGCCUGGAGGAUCCUCUCAAGAAGCACCAGAUUGGCGCUCUUGUGGUGUCGCCGACGCGCGAGCUGGCGCGCCAGAUACACACCGUGCUGGAGCCCUUUGCAGCCAGCGUGCCAGGCCUGACCACCAUGCUGCUUGUGGGAGGCUCAGACCCAAUUGCUGACGUGGCAGCGUUCAAGGAGCAUGGGGCGCAUGUGCUUGUGGGAACGCCUGGGCGGCUGCACGAUGUGUUUGAGCGAAGCGAUGUGUUGGAUGCGCGCCGCUUGGAGGUGCUUGUAUUGGAUGAGGCGGAUCGGCUGCUGGAUGCCGGCUACGGUAAACACUUGGAGGCGCUCAUGCGGCGCCUGCCGAAGCAGCGGCGCACCGGGCUGUUCUCGGCCACACAGACAGAGGCAGUGGAGGCACUUGCGAGGGCAGGGUUGAGAAAUCAAGUGAGGGUGAAUGUGGCGGUGGGGCCGGCGGCCAGCACAAGCGGCCGCACAGCGGAGGAGGCUGCAGGGGAGAUGAAGGGGAAAAAGACGGAGCAAAGGGUGACUCCAUCCGGGCUGCAUGCGUCCUACCUUGUCUGCCAGAGCGACGAGAAGCUCGCACAUCUGGUGCACUUCCUGCAGGCCCACACAGAGGAGAAGAUAAUUGUGUACUUCCUGACAUGCGCCGGCGUGGACUUCUAUUCGCUGGCAUUGCCCGCUGCGGCGGCCGUCGGGCCAAAGCUGAACCUCACAGCGCUGCAUGGCAAGAUGAAGCAGUCUCAGCGCGAAGCCAAGCUCGCCUCCUUCGCCGCCAACCCCUCUGGGGUGCUGCUGUGCACGGACGUGGCGGCGCGGGGCCUGGACAUUCCGGACGUGGCCUGGAUCGUGCAGGUGGACCCGCCGCAAGACCCGGACGUCUUUGUGCACCGCGUCGGCCGCACCGCGCGCAUGGGCCGCUCCGGCCGCGCGCUCACGCUGCUCCUGCCCCACGAGGCCGCCUACGUCGAGUUCCUGCGCAUCCGCAAGGUGCCGAUGGUGGAGGAGCAACCGGCGGAGGGCGUUCCCGAGGUGCUGUCGCGCGUGCGGCGACUGGCAGAGACCGACCGGGACGUCAUGGAAAAAGGGACGGCCGCUUUUGUCUCCUACGUGCGCGGCUACAGGGAACACCAGUGCCGGUUCAUCUUCCGGUCGGAGGGGCUAGACCUGGGGCAUUUGGCGACGGCGUUUGCGCUGCUGCGGCUGCCGCGCAUGCCUGAGCUCCGCGGCCUCGGCGACCUGCCCUACUUUACACCCUCGCCCGUGGACCCUAACACAGUCAAGUUCAAGGACAAGCACCGGGAAAAGCAGCGGCAGAAGAAGCUGGCAGAGAGGGCGCAGCAGCAGCAGCGGGAUGCGGCGUCGGCGGCUACCGAGCGGCCGGCGCGGCCGAGGCCGGAGGAGACGAGAGAGCGGCGGCUGCCGGCCGCGAAACGGCGACAGCUGGAAGCGCGGCAGGACGAGGAGGACUUUGCGGCCGAGUACCGCAUGCUCAAAAAGGUCAAGAAGGGGCGCAUGUCCGAGGUGCGCGCCCCCGGCCGCUGCACUGUAGCUUAA